AUGGCACUUGCUAGGAAAAGACGAUUGGCCAACAAAAUACCAGGAUUAGAUGAGCAUCCAAUUUGGGGAACGGCCAAUGAAUGGGCUGGAUUGGAUAGUGCGGGCAUCACUGAAUGGUUGCUACGAAAAAGUGAUGAAAUGCGAGAGAAAGGUCAUGAUGUUUAUCGAGUGAAUUUCGCGAAUCAAGUUUUCAUUAUUCCAUUAAAUGGAGAAACGGUGAAACCGAUUAUCGAAUCGAAAGAUGAGAUCACAAAGGGUCUUGGAUAUGAUUUUGUGCGUGAAUGGCUUGGAACGGGUUUAUUGAUUAGUACUGGAAACAAAUGGCAAUAUCGACGCAAAAUGAUCACUCCAACUUUUCAUUUUCGACAUCUUGAGAAUUACGUGAAAACUUUCAAUUAUCACUCAAAGAUUUUCGUAGAAGUUGUAUCUGAAUUGAAUGGCGUAGAAUUCGACGCAGUUCCUUAUAUAAAAAGAUGUGCAUUGGAUGUGAUUUGUGAGACGGCAAUGGGUAAAACGGCCGAUGUGCAACACAAUCCAUCUCAUCCAUACGUGAUGGCUCUAAGAGAUAUGCUAUGGAUGAAUACCGAAUAUGAGCUGAAGUGGCAAUACUGGUUUCCUCCUUAUUAUUACUGGUCGGGAAUGGCGAAAAUGUACAGAAAUACUCUGAAUACACUACAUGGAUUCACUAAAGGGAUUAUUACGGAAAGAAAAGCGAAAAGAGCAAAUGGAGAAAAGACAAGAGGAAAUGAAACAAAUUUCCUUGACAUGUUAUUGGAGCAUUACGAUGCAGGAGAAAUCGAUGACGAAGGAGUGCGUGAAGAGGUGGACACAUUCAUGUUUGAAGGCCACGAUACAACAUCUUCCGGUGUCUCGUGGGGUAUUUGGUGUAUCGCUCAUCAUCCACAAGUUCAACAAAGGCUUUUUAACGAAAUAUGUGAAGUGAUUGGUGAAGAUCAAGAAGAAAUCAUCACAACGGAGCAUCUCAAAAAGAUGACCUAUCUAGAUCAGGUAAUGAAAGAAGCUUUUCGUCUCUAUUGCCCAGUGCCUGAAGUAAAUCGGAGAUUGCAAAACGAUUUCCAGAGCGGUCCAUAUUUGUUUCCUAAAGAUGCUGUGAUAACAAUUGCUCCGAUUAUACUUUGCAGAAACAAAAAGGUUUGGGGUGACGAUGUUCUUUCGUUUGACCCGGAAAGGUUCUCAGAAGAAAGAGAGUCAAAAAGGCAUCCCUUUGAUUACAUUCCAUUCUCUGCUGGACCGAGAAAUUGUAUUGGUCAACGCUUUGCUCAAUUGGAAGCAAAAGUAAUGCUUUGCUGGUUGGUGAGAUCGUUUGAAUUCUCUUCGAAUCUUCCAUUCGAAUCAAAUCGUGCCGGAGCUGAGGGAAUCCUCCGACCCUAUUCGGGCAUUCCCGUUUUCGCAAAAAGAAGAAAC